AUGAACAUACCAAGCUAUGAGCAUGGCUUCCAAGCCUACCUUUUUAAAAAAAAAAAUUCUGCAAACCUACGAUAUGGUAAGGUUCCUUUCUGUUAUUUUUUCUUUCCAGAAAGCCAAGGAGCUGAGCUGCCAUGCAAGAGCCUUUUAAAACUUCAACUUCGGGCGCAGGAUUUCUGUUGCUGCGAAAUUGCAAAGACCUCGCAGCAAGCCGCCCAAGCACUCUGUCCUCCCAUCAACAACCCCUCCGCUGAAGUGGCUUCUAUGAUUAAAGCCAAACAUGGUGUAAGAUUUGGAAGAGAUGAGCGCUUGCUGAAAGAGAAACGCACGGCAUAUGGAGGUCCUAGCAAUACGAGAAUUAGUUGCGAGGUGAGGAUCGCCAUGCGGAGUAGGGGCAGGGAUGUUCCAAGAACUUUUUGUCUAACUAGCAGCUUCGAUUUAGUCCACCGUCGUGACUCUUUGAGUUUACUCUCGUACACAUCGGGGUCCGAGGAGCUUAAAAGGAAUCAGCCUCCAUCUUCAUUCGAUCGGGGAAGGUUUUGGGAAAGAGAAGCCCCUAGUCGGGUUGUCGUCCCAGUUUUCAGUGUCGGUAUUCUCUUUAAAAAUAGCAUUCUCGAUGUCCUAGCCCAUGACGCGGAUGCGCUCUGCAAGCCGUACCGUAAGAUAAUGCAUGUACAUUCUUCAAAUAUCUGCAAACCGAAGGCUACACAAGUAAGCUCAAAGCACAGCAGUCCGGCGACGACAGCAGUUGGCUCGCCUUCCGAUUAG